AUGCCCGUCUCAUGGCCUCCAACGUCCAUCCCGAACGAGUUCGGUAUAGCCACGCUCUCACUCGGGUACGCCAAGCACCACAAACUCGAGCCUCGAUUACGGGAAGCCGCCAGAGCAGGAUAUCGCCAAAUCGACCUAUUUGAUGAAUGCUGGGCGGGGUAUCUAGAAGAACACGGUCUCCCCGGUGGUCAACUAUGGGAGGCGACUCCGGAUAACCUCCGGGUAGCGAAGAAGCUCGGAGACCUGGUCAAGGGCUUGGGCAUGCGGAUCGCGUGCACCCAGCCACUGCGGAAGAUCGAAGGCAUCAAGGACCCUGUCGAGCGUCGCGAGACAUUAGACCUGGUGGCAAAGAGGUUCCCGUUCAUGCGUGCAUUCGAUACUGAUCUCGUCUUCAUGUGCGCGAAUAUCCGCAUGGACGACGGCGUGACAUCAGACCUCAAGACUGUCGCGAGAGACCUGGCGGAACUUGGCGAUAUGGCUAAAGCGUUCUCGGAUGCGGAUGGUGGACCGUUGCUGAAGAUCGGGUAUGAAGGAUUGUCCUGGGCACAGCGGAACACAUGGGCCUCGACGUGGGAGGUUGUGCGGAUGGCGAACCGGCCGAAUGUGGGAUUGAUUGUGGAUGCGUUCAAUGUGCUUGCUGUGGAAUGGGCGGAUCCGUACAAUCCUGCCGGUCAUGGGCGCAUAUAUCCCACUAUCGAAGAGUCGGUGGAUGUGCUUUGUGCCUCCUUGGCUGGUCUGGUGGCGUCCGUCCCCGGCGAUCGUAUUUUCUUCUUUCAGAUCGGAGAUGCAGAGUUGAUCGACCCAUCGAAAUUCCAGCCCCCUUUGGAUCCUGAGAUUCCGGCUUUGCUGCCUUGGUCUCGAGGCCAUCGAUUGUUUCCUGGCGAAACAUCGCGUGGGGGGUAUGUGCCUACACAUCUCGUGGCCGCUGCUGUCCUGGCUACGGGCUACAAAGGUGCAUUGUCGCUUGAGGUGUUCAAUAAUUCUUUGAAUCUUCCUGACCCAGAGGUCCCGGCUGCUCAUGCUGAGAGAGGAAUGACCGGUCUACGGAAGUUGACCGAAGCUGUUAUGAAGGUGCCGGCGUUCUGGGAGAUGUAUCACAAAGGGACGACAAGCGGAUUUUCUCGGAUUGUGCAGAUUCCACGAUCCGAGAAGCUGUGA